AUGGGGGCGACGCCACUGCAAGUGACGGUGAGGGAGCGGAAGAUGGAGGCACUAGAAAUGUUGCUGGAGGCGUGGGCCAACGUGAAUGAAUUGGGGGAUGGCGAGGGGAUGGGGUGGUCGCCACUGCAUGAGUGUAUGUUGCAUCCUCAUAGCACCGGGUUCAUGGUCACCCAGCUGCUCCACUGGGGCGCGAAUAGGCGGUUGUUGGGCGGGAAUGGGCUUACGCCCUUGCAGAUGGCGAAGAUGGUUCGCAAUUAUAACGGGGUGCGGAUGAUGAGGAGUUAUAAUGAUGAGGAGCGAGGAGCGGGGGAGGGGGGGUAA